UCAUCAGCAGUCUCCAGUGUCGGCAUUGGUCCUCCUUCAUCCCGACUCAAAACGAGCAGCAGCAGAGGCACAAACAUGUCUGUCUAGAGCGCCAACAGCUUAUUUAUCGUCCUGUUAUGUCGGGUUUAGGAUGAUAUGGGUUCGGCGGAAGACGUGAUAGCUGUCCGCGGGCAUCAUGAGGAUUUUAACGGCGUCGGGGCUCUUCCUGGCCUUCUGUUCCAUCGGGCUCUUGACCAUGGCCAUCAGCACGGACUACUGGUACGAAACAGAUGCGCGGAAUCAUCGGGACCGAUGCAAAAAAUACGCCAGCAAGAGAAAUGACCCAGGAUACAUAUAUAUAUCCAACCAAAACCUUCCACUUCGGAUGCGAUCAAAAGCCGCUGGUGCGAGUCAGCCGGAACCCGGAGCUCUUCUGCGGGAAUCCCCGCACCCUGAGCCCGUCACGGAAUCACGCUGCAGCCGCCACUACAACUCAACCACUACCGGACUGUGGAGGAAAUGCCACCGAGUAGGCUUCGAUCUGGAGAACGAGGAUCUGAUUUUUAAAGGUUUGCUUCAGCGUUGUACGCCGGUGAGAUAUUACUAUUUCUCAGCGAAUAUCCCACGGAAUCUGCCUGUGAACAUCACCAAAACUAUAAGACAAGAUGAAUGGCAUGCUCUCCACUUGCAGCGGAUGACGGCAGGUUUCAUCGGUAUGGCUGUGGCCAUCAUUCUGUUUGGCUGGAUGGUUGGUGCUCUGGGCUGCUGGAAACACAAUGAGCUGAUGCAGUAUGUCGCAGGACUGCUCUUCCUGAUGGGAGGCACCUGCUGCAUCAUUUCCUUGUGCACAUGUGUGGCUGGCAUUAACUUCGAGCUCUCGCGGUACCCGCGCUACCUGUACAGCCUGCCGGAGGACAUCAGUCACGGGUACGGCUGGUCCAUGUUCAGCGCGUGGGGCGGUCUGGGUCUGACGCUGCUGGCUGGGUUUCUGUGCACUCUGGCGCCCUCUCUGCACAGUCCCCAGAUCAGCGCACACAAACCGCGACAGGAGAACGGCAUGGUGUGACGCUCACACACUCCCAUCAUACACAUAGAUCCGCUAGCACAGACAUGUCAAGUUGAUGUAGACAAGUGUCUUCACAUGUCGGAGAGAAAUGGCAAAUAAACAGUCACACACGCUGCAGACACUGUGCAGAAACACUGCUAUAAGAUCAUGAUCCAGAGUGCAGCUGAGCUAAUCAUACUGGAGCAGAAGGAAAACAUGCCUUGCAAAACAUUGUCUUAUUUUCCAGAAAAAAAGAUCUAUACCUUAUAUCCCCUGUGAAAAAGAAGUGCACUAAAUUGCAACUUCAUCAUCAUAAAUGUAUAACUAUAAAUAUAUAUUUAAAUAGAUGAAGUACAAGUUUCAAUAGAAAUGACAUUAAGGUAUAUUUUAUUUUAUCAAAAAUGCUUGUUAGUGCAUUUAGUAGAAAUACUUGAACCAUAUUUCAUAUAUAAAAGAAUGUAAUUAUGAAACUACAUGUAAAGAUAGACCUACUGAAGUGUGUCAAACUAACUGCAUUCAAUGUAAAUUCAAACUAAAAUAUGUUUUCUUUUAAUCGAAAAUAACAUGCAAUUUACAUUCAACAUCUUUUCAAAUACUUUUUUUUAAGUAUGCUAAAGUGGACUUCUUUUUCACAAGGAAUAGCUCUUUCCCCUGUGACAACUAGCCCCAGUGUCCACUAUUCUCUGAAAAUGUAGAUGUUUAGAUGUUUUUACUGGAAAACAAAAUGCAGACAGACAGACAGAAAGACAGACAGACAGACAGACAGACAGACAGACAGACAGACAGGCAGACAGACAGAAAGACAGACAGACAGACAGACAGACAGGCAGACAGACAGAAAGACAGAAAGACAGACAGACAGGCAGACAGACAGAAAGAAAGAAAGAAAGAAAGAAAGAAAGAAAGAAAGAAAGACAGACAGACAGACAGACAGAAAGGCAGGCAGACAGACAGACAGACAUACAGACAGACAGACAGAAAGACAGACAGACAGACAGAAAGACAGAAAGACAGACAGACAGACAGACAGACAGACAGGCAGACAGACAGACAGAGAGACAGACAGACAGGCAGGCAGACAGACAGACAGACAGAAAGAAAGAAAGAAAGAAAGAAAGACAGACAGACAGACAGACAGACAGACAGAAAGACAGACAGACAGACAGAAAGACAGAAAGACAGACAGACAGACAGACAGACAGGCAGACAGACAGACAGAGAGACAGACAGACAGACAGACAGACAGACAGACAGACAGACAGAAAGAAAGAAAGACAGACAGACAGACAGACAGAAAGAAAGACAGGCAGACAGACAGAGAGACAGACAGACAGACAGAC